AUUCAGUUCAGAUUCAACUGAGGUCACUAGUCAGCUGGAGGUACGUUUUGUUGUUACAACGUGGUCUAACCUAAAACAAUUGAACUCUUCUGUUUAGCUGUGAUUGUUUAGUAUUUUAAGUAAUAUGUCGAAACGACCAGAACAUCAGGCACCCCCUGAUAUAUUUUAUAGUGAAACAGAAGCUCAGAAAUACACACAAAAUUCUAGAAUUAUGAAAAUUCAAGAAGAAAUGAGUGAACGUGCUAUAGAACUGUUGUGUUUACCCGAGGACGAGAAUUGUUUAAUUUUGGAUAUCGGUUGUGGAUCUGGAUUAAGUGGUUCAGUUCUUGAAGAUCAUGGACACAUGUGGAUCGGUGUUGACAUAUCAACUGCAAUGUUAUCUGUGGCUCAAGACAGAGAAAUGGAGGGUGAUCUUGUUCUAGGUGAUAUGGGUCAUGGUAUGCCUUUCAAACCUGGAUCUUUUGAUGGUGCUAUUAGCAUCAGUGCUCUGCAAUGGUUGUGUAAUGCAGAUCAUGCUAAUCACAAACCAGCUAAAAGACUCAAUAAGUUUUUCUCUUCUUUGUAUGCAUGUCUAAGUCGAACAGCCAGGGCAGUGUUCCAGUUCUAUCCAGAGAACUCUUAUCAAAUUGAACUCGUUACAGCAGAAGCAAUGAAAGCCGGAUUCUAUGGAGGAUUGGUUGUAGAUUUUCCAAACUCAACUAAGGCUAAAAAGUUCUUUUUGGUUUUGAUGACUGGAGGCGCAACCCCUCUACCAAAAGCCUUGGGUACAGACGGAAGAGAUGAAACUGUUCGCUUUACCAAUAAACGUGAAAAAUAUGAAAAGUUGAAAGGUAAACCAAUGAAGAAAAGCCGUGAAUGGAUCCUUGAAAAGAAAGAAAGGAGGAGAAGACAAGGGAAAACAACGAGAGAAAAUUCUAAAUACACUGGUAGAAAAAGAAGUGGAAAGUUCUGAAAAUAGAGUCAACUUGUUAAGUUAUAAUUUGUUUGAAACCUGUUUUAUGUUAUUAUUAAGAUUCUUUACUAAGUUCUA